UUAUUUUCAGUAUAUAAACAAACAAAGCAACAAUAGGUCUAUUAAUCAAUUUAGCAGCGUCGAUCGACUCGGAAGAUGUCAGGUAUCCAGUGUUCACAGAUCGAGGCUGAACUGUAUUACCUCAUUGCGAGAUUUCUACAGUCCGGUCCCUGCAAAAAAACAGCACAGGUCUUGGUUGAAGAGCUCGAUGAAUACGAGCUUAUUCCAAAACGUUUGGAUUGGGAAGGCAAAGAAUAUAAGCGUACCUUUGAAGAAUGGGUAACGGCCAACAGACACAUCCCAGCAGAUUAUUUGUUAAGAAUUUGUCAAAGAAUUGGACCCCUUCUUGAUAAAGAGGUACCUCCCAGCGUUCCUGGAGUGCAGACUCUUCUGGGUGUUGGACGGCAAUCCUUAUUGAGAACAGAAAAAGACUGUAGGCACACAGUAUGGAGUGGUUCUGCCUUUGCAGCUUUGCACAGGGGAAGACCCCCAGAACCUCCAUUACUCUAUGGAAGACUGCCAAACAUUGUUUCCAUUGCUGGAGCCAGACAAACCAUUGGGUUUGCUCGUUUCAACCAUAUGGUUCCUUCCUCCACUUAUCAGCAUAUGAAAAUGCAUCGGAGAAUUCUGGGACACUUGUCUUCCGUUUACUGUGUGGCCUUUGAUCGGACAGGUCGAAGAAUUUUUACGGGAUCAGAUGACUGUUUGGUGAAAAUAUGGGGAACAGAUGAUGGUCGACUUCUCUCAACUCUCAGGGGUCACUCUGCAGAGAUUUCUGAUAUGGCUGUUAACCAUGAGAACACAAUGAUUGCAUCUGCCUGCUGUGAUAAGAUUGUGCGAGUUUGGUGCCUUCGGACCUGUGCACCCGUUGCUGUUCUGCAGGCUCAUACAGCUUCUAUCACUUCAAUUCAGUUUUCUCCAGCAGCAAAAGGACGUACUCGAUACCUCAUAUCUACAGGGGCAGAUGGAACGGUUUGCUUUUGGCAAUGGCAGUCCCACAGUGUGAAAUUUAAUGAUCGUCCAAUAAAAUUUACUGAGAGAUCCAGGCCUGGUGUCCAAAUCUCUUGUUCUUCUUUCAGUUCUGGUGGAAUGUUUCUUGUGACAGGUAGCACCGAUCAUGCAAUUAGGGUUUAUUAUCUAGGACUGGAAUCCCCGGAGAAGGUUGCAGACCUUGAGUCCCAUACGGACAAAGUUGUUGCUGUCCAGUUCUGUAAUAACAGUGACAACCUCCGAUUUGUCAGUGGGAGUCGAGAUGGUACUGCACGUAUAUGGCAUUAUCAGAGACAAGAGUGGAAAAGCAUUGCUCUUGAUAUGACAACCAAACUGCCAGGAAGCUGUAAUACACCAGGGGAGGACAAGGUAGUAAAGCUGAGUGUGACCAUGGUGGCCUGGGAUCGUGCGGACAGUAGCAUUAUCACUGCUGUUAACAACUACCUGCUGAAAGUGUGGAACUUGUCUGGACAGCUUCUGCAUAUUCUUUCGGGUCAUGAUGAUGAAGUGUAUGUUUUGGAGGCUCAUCCUUUUGACUCAAGGAUAAUGUUGUCUGCUGGCCAUGAUGGGAAUAUCUUUAUCUGGGACUUAACUAAAGGCACUAAAAUACGCAACUAUUUCAAUAUGAUUGAAGGGCAAGGUCAUGGGGCAGUAUUUGACUGCAAAUUCUCUCCUGAUGGGCAGCAUUUUGCUUGUACUGAUUCACAUGGCCAUCUCCUGAUUUUUGGGUUUGGUUGCAGCAAGCUAUAUGAGAAGAUUCCUGAUCAAAUGUUUUUCCACACUGAUUUUCGCCCACUUAUCCGUGAUUCUAAUAACUAUGUCCUGGAUGAGCAAACGCAGCAAGCUCCACAUCUCAUGCCGCCACCUUUCCUUGUGGAUGUUGAUGGGAAUCCUCAUCCAACACGCUACCAAAGGCUUGUUCCUGGGAGAGAGAACUGUAAAGAUGAGCAGCUUAUCCCUCAACUUGGCUAUGUGGCCAAUGGUGAUGGGGAGAUUGUGGAACGUGUGAUUGGGCAAGAAACUGCUGGAGAACCAGAGGAGAGUCCUUUAGAUGGAAUGAUAAGGCAGCUACAAAGAGAACAUGACCAGCAACAACAUGAAGAGGACAGGGAUAAUGAGUUUGACUCCCAGAAUGACCAUCCUGAAAUGGGUUCAAGAGGUCUUAGCGCAGAGAUGGGAUCUCCACCUAACAUUGGUUUACGACGCAAUGGGCAGAUUGAAGGAGUCCGGCAAAUGCACCAGAAUGCACCUCGAAGUCAGAUGGCCACUGAAAGAGAUCUUAUUGCAUGGAGUCGUCGUGUUGUUGUCAAUGAGCUUCACCCUAAUAUUAGCAGAUUUAUGGAGGAAAAUCGAGCAGCAAAGGGCGAAGCUGAAUGUGCACUUUAUACUGUAGAGAGGAGACGAAAGCCAUCCCAGACAAUACAGAAGAGUGAGCAACAGGAUUCUAAUGCACGCUUUCUGAGAAGAAAGCAACGCAGGAGACAACAUGCAUAUCAAACUCGAUCUGCCAUUGACAGUCAUCCUCAGGACAGACUACAGAAUACACAUGCUGAAGAAGACUCCGAAAUCUCUGAAGAUGAAUAUGACAGGGAGGAAGUAAGAAAUGCUUCUUCAGAAGAAGGUGAACCAGAGUGGCAAAGUGAGACCAGUUCCAGCAACUCGUCCAGUGAGUAUUCAGAUUGGACCGCUGAUGCUGGGAUAAAUCUGCAGCCUCCCAAAAGGCAGACAAGACAGACAAUCAGGAGAAUAAGCAGCAGUUCAGACGAUGAUGAUCACACCAAAACAGAGAGGAAGUACUCAGAGAAGCGGCGGAGACCCAAACAGACAAGAAGGAAGAAGCCAAAUGAGUCACUGGCUGCAGGCAGGGAAAAUAGUGAAGACUGGUUUCCUCCUCAAUGGAUUAUGGACACUACACCACGCAGAUCUCCUUUUGUGCCACAAAUGGGUGAUGAGGUGAUUUACUUCCGUCAGGGACAUGAAGCUUAUGUGCGAGCAGUACGUAAAGCUAAAUCAUACACUAUUAACCCUCAAAAGCAACCAUGGAACAAAAUGAACCUCAGGGAUCAGGAGUUCGUAAAGAUUGUUGGAAUAAAAUAUGAGGUUGGCCCUCCCACUUUAUGCUGCUUGAAACUGGCUUUCCUGGAUCCUAUUUCUGGAAAAAUGACUGGAGAGUCUUUUUCUUUAAAGUAUCAUGACAUGCCGGAUGUCAUUGACUUUUUAGUUCUUCACCAAUUUUAUAAUGAAGCAAAAGAACAAAACUUGCAGCCUGGUGUACGCUUUCGCAGUAUUAUUGAUGAUGCCUGGUGGUUUGGAACUGUGGAGACUCAGCAGCCAUUUCAGCAAGAAUACCCUGAUAGUCUCUUCCAGUGCUAUAGUGUUCGUUGGGAUAACGGUGAGAGGGAGAACAUGAGCCCCUGGGACAUGGAACCUAUUGCUGAUGAAGCUUUUCCUGAUCAAGUGGGAGAUGGGGUGCCUGUUUCGGAGGAAGAGUUGAAAACCUUACUGUAUAUACCUCAAGAAGGAGAGUGGGGAGCACGAACCCGCGAUGAAGAAUGUGAAAGAGUCAUCCAAGGCAUAGAUAACCUUUUGACACUAGAUAUGGCUAAAGCCUUUGCUUCUCCUGUGGAUCUAACGGAUUAUCCCCUUUACUGCACUGUGGUGGCCUAUCCAACAGAUCUCAGCACAAUCAAAAAAAGAUUAGAGAAUCGCUUUUACAGAAGGAUAUCAGCUCUCAUGUGGGAAGUGCGCUACAUUGAGCACAAUGCUCGGACCUUUAAUGAGCCAGAAAGUCCAAUUGUGGCAGCUGCUAAAAUUGUCACAGAUGUGCUUCUCCGAUUCAUUGGAGACCAAAGCUGCACUGAUAUUCUUGAAUUGUGCCGUAAGGUGAAAAAUGAAGAGCUGAGCAGUGCCGAAGAAGAAGAGGAGGAGGCAGAUUUGGACAUUGACUCUGACACACCUGGGACCUCAGCAGGACAAAAGAGCUUGCGGCAGCCCUCAAAAAGACAAAGGCUACAAAUGGAUGUAGAGGCAUGGAAGCCAAAGUGUAGAGAUCUACUAAACCAUCUUGUUGAAUGCGAGGAUUCUGAGCCUUUUCGGCAACCUGUUGACCUGUUUGCAUAUCCAAAUUACAGGGAUAUUAUUGAUACUCCAAUGGAUUUAAGCACAGUUUCAGAAACACUGGAUGCUGAAAAUUAUGAAAAUCCAGUGGAGUUCUGUAAGGAUGUUCGUCUCAUUUUUAGUAAUUCCAAGGCUUACACUCCCAACAAAAAAUCAAGGAUAUACAGUAUGACUCUCAGCUUGUCAGCCUUCUUUGAGAAGCAGAUAUUGCCGAUCAUAUCAGAUUAUAAAUCUGCGGUUCAGAGUCAACGGAGGAGCAGACACAGGUUCAGCUACCGCAAGAGACUGCAAAGCACAAGCAGCUCACCUUCCACCAGCAGGGCCUCCAGCCCUAAAGGAAAGCACAAACCAGCAAAGGUCCCUCCAAAAUCUGUUUUAAAUACCUCAUUGUCUUUAACCAGGACGAGUUCCACAAGAUCUUCACAAGCUUCAGAAACUACUGAAGACCCCUGCGGUUCAGUAGUUGAUGAAGGGGAAGGUGACAGCCAACCAUCUACAUCAAGUUCAAAUAGCAACAUUAGAACUGGAGAGCCAGGAGUUGACCGUGUGACCCGGAGUCGUUCCGUUCCAAUAAAGCAAGAUUCUUCAGCUAAUGGACCCCUAACCAAUGGAAAAAGUCGGACUGAGUGUGCAAAUAAAAGGAAAUUGCCAGGAGAUUCAGAAGAGGAGGAUGAAGAUUCAGAAAUUGAAAACAAGCUUGUUGGGAAGACUGCUGGGAACAGUUGUACAUCAUCCUCAUCAUCUUCGUCUUCCUCCUCCUCUUCCUCUUCAUCUUCCUCAUCAGACAGUGAAGUUUCAGGUACAAGCUCUGCAAGUAGUUCUAGCAGCAGUGAAGGCUCUGAAUCGGACAGAGAUUAUGUUGAUGGGGGUGAUCAUGACUACAGCAUAACAGUUCGACCUCGUCCUAGCUGCAAAACCAAAAAGGUGACUGUGGUCCCAGUAAAUGGCAAGAGAAAAAGGAGUGUUGGGAGACCACCUAAACGAGGCCGGCCACGUGGAAGAAGAAAAAAAAUGCGUGUUGACGAAGAUGAGGAGGGAGGGACUAAAGAGGGAAAAGAAGGAAGGCUACGCAGGGCACCCCUUCACAAAGAGUCAAGGAUUAAUACCCGAAACCAGGGUAGAAGGACUGUUUUAUACAAUGAUGACUCUGAAGAUGACACCUUUGUGCCAGCAGCGGACCCCCUGAAUCUUGGAAUGUCUCGUUCGGGCAGAGUACGAAAAAUGACUGAAAAGGCUCGGGUUAGUCACCUGAUGGGAUGGAAUCAUUAACUUUUUUUUUUUGUUUUGUUUUUUCCUUUCUUGAAGAAUAAAGAGACACUUUAAUCUAUUUAAUUAAAAAAACUGAGAUACUACAUUUUUACUGCAGGGAUUUUUUUUUUCUACGUAAAAGUUUCUUGAAGCAUGCUUGUGUGUGGGACUGUUUACUGAAACUUUGACAGAGGUGCUCUAAAUCUUGCCAGUGAUGCACUUGUUUAACACAUCUCUCCAGCAGCUAGCAUAAAUAGGAGCCUUACUCACUAGGGCCUUAAAUGCACUGGAUAUCCCUACAUCUUCUCACAAACGCUGUGUAGUAUAUCUUCAUUUGACAACACCUACUGUGCUUCCUAUUUUAUGUGCUAAAAUUGGGAUUACCAAAUAAUUUUAGAUCUUUUUCCUAUGAGUAGAUAACUGUUUUGUGAGAUAAAUAGCCUGCAAUAACUGGGAUUUUAUUUUUUCAAUUUUGUGUUGAAAAAUUGUCACCCAUCUUUUAAUAAUUCAUGAAAAUAGAUGGUUUCAUUUUGUUGGCUUUAUUAGAAUUCAAAUAGUGAUUGCUCUUGAAAAGCUGACCAGUUCUCCCUGUAUCUGAAGGAGGUGCAUUUUGGUAUCCUAACACAGCCCAGCAAAAAUGGGAAACUGUUGGUAUGCUAUAUAUGUGCUAAGAUAUAAACCACACUCUAGACUUUUUAAGUUUUUUAUCCACUGUUAUGUAUUUAUACUCUACAGAUGUACCUACAAUAGUAAUAAUGUUUUGCACAAUUUAACAAUUUGAGGCAGCUGUAUUAUUGAAUGAUAUGGCAAAUGGAAUUAGAGGUAAAACUUAGCCAGUGUGACAUUAUCAAAAAAUUGUUUGAUGCAGUUUGAUAUCCACUGGCUGCACUGAAAUUAUUGUAGGCAAU